AUGUCCGCGGUUCCGAAGCUCUUCAGCCCAAUUCAGGUCGGCACGUCCGCGCUCAAGCAUCGCGUCGUCCUCGCUCCUCUGACGCGCUACCGCGCCAACAUCCACCACGUACUCCUGGAUAUCGUGGCCAUGUACUAUGAGCAGCGGGGGAGUGAACCAGGUACAUUGCUCACGACGGAAGCCACAUUCAUCGCUCCGAAGGCUGGAGGGUACAAUCACGUACCUGGCAUCUGGAACCAGGACCAGAUCAACUCGUGGAAACGGGUAACGGACGCCGUUCAUACCAAGGGCUCGUUCAUUUAUCUCCAGCUCUGGGCGCUCGGACGGGCUGCGAAGCUGGAUGUCCUGAGAAGCGAGGACCCCAGCUUCGAGCUUGUCUCUGCCUCGGACGUCAAACUGAGCACGUCCGAAUGGACGCCUCGUCCUCUGAGGAUCGACGAAAUCAAGGAGUACACGCAAUUGUACGCGGAGGCGGCGAGCAAUGCUGUCCAGGCAGGAUUCGAUGGCGUGGAGAUUCAUGGUGCAACUGGAUACUUGAUUCACCAGUUCCUUGAGCCGAGUAGCAAUAAGCGGACUGAUCGCUAUGGCGGAUCCAUCGAGAACCGCAGUCGCUUCGGGCUCGAAGUCGUAGAUGCCGUAGCGAACGCCAUCGGCGCGUCCAAGACGGGCAUCCGUCUCAGCCCAUGGAACAGGUUUCAAGACAUGCGUAUGGACGAUCCCAUCCCGCAAUACACCCACUUCGUCACGUCGCUCAAGGACGCCCACCCAGACCUCGCUUAUAUCCACGUCGUGGAGCCGCGGGUGAACGGCAGUGAGGAUAUCCCCGGCGGCCCGCCCAAGGGCGAAUCGAACGACUUCAUCCGCAACAUAUGGUCCCCGAGGCCCCUGAUCAGCGCCGGUGGCUACAACCGCAGCAUCGCUUUGCGGGUUGCCGAGAAGAAGAGGGACCUCAUCGCCUUCGGCCGCCACUACAUCUCUAACCCCGAUCUGCCCAAGAGAUUGAGGAAGGAUAUUCCGUUGCACCCUUACAACCGCAGCACGUUUUAUACCCCGGAAAGCCCGGUGGGUUAUAUAGACCAACCGUUCGCAGAAGACGAAGAACUUUAG